AUGCUCCAGAGGGGUCGCAGAGACAACGUCGGCGACGAGAGCAUGGACGGCGCCGACGGCGGGGGCGGCGGACACGCAAAGGAGCGUGGGAGCGGGCGGCAGGGCGUUGCCAAGGCAGAGGGCACUCAAGAUAUCAAUCCUAACGAGGUCCUCCGGCAGAAGGCCCGACGUGCUGCCAAGGCAGAGCGCGAUGAGCGCAUGGACAUUACCACAGCGAUGACCCCGGUCAAAGAGGUCGGUGUUGGCUCGGCCUACACUUUUUCGCGGAGGCGCUCGCAUGACGUCUCUAGCGGUUUCACGCGUCCGACCGACCUUCGCCUGUCCAAUUGGUGGCAGGGCGGCGCAUGGCGCGACAAAAAGCGAUACGAAAUCCCGCCCGCGGCCGCCUACGAGCCGCACACCGUUUUCCUACUCGAGUCGCGCUACCCCGUCAAGCACGGUAUCGGCCGCAUCGACAGCAUUGACCACUUUGUCGGUGUGUGCCGCGAGGGCGAUCUUCCCGCAGUCCUCGCACGCCUGAACAGCCCGCGAGCGCCGGGUGAGGCGCGCCAGGCAAUGGACAAUGCCCGCUGGCCGUGGGCGCCGCAGAAGAAGAUCCGCCCCGUGCGCUGGUGGGAGCACGGCGAGACCCCCGCGAGUGUGGAGGAGAUGCUCGCGAAAGAGGACGAGGAGGUCGCGCAGCGCAUGUACCCGCAACAGCAGCACAGUUCGUCGGCUGCCGCGCCGCGGCCUGCACACGGCCUGCAGGCGUCGCCUGCGCGCCCGGAGCUCGUCGCGACGGAGCUGCUGUCGAAGCUCGGGCCGUCGACGCAGCAGCGCAUGUUCCACUUCAGCUUCCGCGCGUCCGCCGCGGCCGACGCGCACUCGCCGCCCGAGGGCCCGGGCUCGUUCAAGGCGCGCAUGGACAUUCCCGGAUCGACGUGGGCGCGCCCGCACAAGCCGUCGCAGGACGCGGACGACAAUGUCGUGCCGUCGUAUUACCGCAAGGAGGAGGAGGGCGGCCUGAUGGCGGAGCUCAGCGCGGGCAUCCUGAGCGAGGGUGUGGCCGCGAAGACGCGCGCCCGCGAGGAGAAGAUUCCCGUCGAGGUGCGCGACCCGAAGACCGGGACGGUGCGCCAUCCCAGCGGGUUUGAGCCGCCGACGCCCGAGACGCAUUUCCACCCCGCGGCGGCCAAGACGCCCACGGAGGACCAUCCGAUGCUCGCGACGGUGAAGCAGCUGUGGGACGAGCGGCCCGCCAACCUGGAUGCGCCGGAAGUGCCGGGUCCGAACCUGCGCGUGGAGCAAGAGUUCACGGAACGCAUGGUCCAGCAGGGCGCAGACGCGGACGCGGACGCAGCGCGCGUGCUGGUGAACCAUGCUCGCACGGAGCAGGGCCCGUCGGGCACUUUCGAUGCGCUCUCUGGGAGCGGGUCGACGACACAGGCGCAGCGCACGAACAUCCCGACGUCGUCGUGGGACACGCCGAAGCGCGCGGCGCGGUGGCAGCAGCACCCCGAGGACGUCGUGCCGACGUACUACAUUGAGCGCAAGCGGCAGCGCAACUCGAUCGCCGAGCGCAAGGAAGAGGAGGGCGGCCUGAUGUCAGAGCUGAACGCGGGCAUCCUCGGCGAGGGGCUCGCUGCGGACAUGAAGCACCGCGAGGAGAAGAUCCCCGUCGAGGUGAAGGAUCCGGAGACGGGCACGGUGCGGCACCCGAGUGGCUUCGAGCCGCCGACGCCGGAGACGCACUUCCACCCCGCCGCGGCGAAGACGGCCACGGAGGACCACCCGAUGAUGAGCACGGUGAAGGUGCCGUGGACGGAGGUCCUGCACUUGAAGAACGGCGGAGGCAGCCGUGGGUUCCACAGCAGCGCGGCGGCGGGCGCGGUGGCGAUGCCGCACGACGCGCUCGACUUCCUCGCGCUAUCGCGGGCCCCGGAGCCCAUCGUGGACGAAGCCCAGAACGAGCACGAAGACGAAGACGAAGAUGCCAACGCCAUCGGGGCGUAUGAGCACGCAGACAGCGAGGUGCAGGCCGUGCGGCGGCAGUACCUGCCGACGCUGGGCGCGGAGCCGUUCUGGCGGCCGCUGCUGACGGCGACGUUCAGCACGCGGCCGCUGGCGAUGAGCUUCGCGCGGCUGUCGCGCGGCCUCGCGCGCGGGACGCCGUUCUACACGACGGUGUCCAACGAGGACCGCAAGUGCCACUCGUCGUUCCCCACGCGGCUGCGGAACCUGCGGAUGAAGCGCAUGCAGGAGCUGACGUUCGACCUCGCGCGGCUCCUGCGGGGCGACCGCGGCGGGCUGAUCGGCGUGCGCUUCGACCCGUCGCAGCGCGGGCGCGGGUACGACGGCGAGGGCUUCGACGACUUGCUCCCCGCGGAGAAGCGCAAUGUGAAGAUUGGCGUGGGCGAGUGGUACCAGCUGUCGGCGGAGGUCAAGGAGCGGUUCGUGGAGGGCGCGAGGGAGGCGGACCUCGCGGAUUCUGUGGAGGUGUUUGGGCUCACCGAGCACGGUGCGCGCACUGACGGCAAGUCAUGGCGCGUGCCGCCCUCCCGUACGGUUGUGAAGGACGAGCAGAACAACGCGGUGUUGAUCCCCUAA